AUGUUAUCACCAAAAUGGCGAAGAGUUAUAUCAAGAUUGUUCCUAAUUCCCCAGCGGUAUGUCCUCGGCAUCAUGGGACUGUUGGCGGUAUGCAACGCGUACACUAUGCGCGUGUGUCUCAACCUGGCGGUUACCCAGAUGGUUAACAACACGAAGACUUCUGAGUCACACUACGACCCGAACGCUUGUCCCGACGAUUCCGAGAUCCUGGUCAACGGCACUGUCAGUCUCAAACCGCACGCUAUUUUUGAUUGGUCGGAGUCGACGCAAGGGUUGAUCCUAAGCGCAUUUUACUACGGGUAUGCCAUAACCCAUGUGCCAGGAGGAUACUUGGCUGAACGCUACGGUGGAAAAUGGACCUUGGGUAUUGGACUUUUGAGUACAGCCUUGUUCACGCUGCUGACUCCAGUGGUUGUCAAAGCUGGUGGGGCUACGUGGCUUUUUAUUUUGAGGGUCUUGCAAGGCAUGGGAGAGGGGCCCACGAUGCCAGCUUUGAUGAUAGUCCUAGCGCGGUGGGUGCCGCCUCACGAGCGAUCGCGGCAGGGAGCGCUGGUGUUCGGCGGGGCUCAGAUCGGAAACAUCUUUGGCUCCUUUAUGUCUGGCUUCCUAAUGGCUGGCGAUGGAGACUGGGCCAAUGUCUUCUACUUUUUCGGCUGCUUUGGCAUCAUGUGGUUCUUGGCUUGGAGUCUCCUUUGCUACAGCACACCCAACACACACCCAUAUAUAUCGGAAGAAGAACUCAAAUAUCUGAACGAGAAUGUGACCAGUGCCGAUACCAAGAGUGUAAGAGAUCCGGUGCCUUGGAAGGCUAUUGUGAGAUCUGUGCCAGUAUGGGCCCUGCUAUUCGCUGCUGUGGGCCACGACUGGGGUUACUACACGAUGGUUACAGAUCUCCCUAAGUAUAUGACGGAUGUGCUUAAGUUCAACAUAGCAGCAACGGGUACUUUAACCGCAAUGCCUUACCUCGCUAUGUGGGUGUGCUCCUUCAUCUUCGGAUGGGUGUGUGACUUUUGCGUUAAGAGAGAUUGGCAUUCCAUAAAGACGGGAAGAAUCAUUCAUACGACAGUUGCUGCGACGGGUCCGGCCAUCUGUAUCAUAUUGGCUUCCUACUCCGGUUGCGACCGAUACGCCGCAGUUGGGUAUUUUAUCGCAUCUAUGGCUCUUAUGGGAGGCUUUUACAGCGGUAUGAAGGUGAAUGCAUUGGACUUGGCACCAAACUACGCGGGCUCCUUGACCGCAAUGAUCAACGGAACUUCGACUAUAUCCGGCAUAAUCACACCUUAUUUAAUAGGACUAUUGACACCUGAUUCUACGUUGGUUCAGUGGAGGACAGCGUUCUGGGUGUGUUUUGCUGUUCUGGUUGGUACUAACGUUGUUUACAUCAUUUGGGCUGACGGCAAACAGCAAUGGUGGGAUGACGUCAGGCAAUAUGGCUACCCAUCAGAUUGGAAGCAUGGCCCUCUCAAAACUGUCGACUUGGACAAGGAAAAGAACAAGAAAGAAAAAGCAGUAUUGGAAGGAUCGAAACUGUGA